CUCAGCUACUCCGGCGGUCUGGCCAAACCGAACCCUCUUCUCCCCCUCGGUCUCAUCGAAAACCCCCUCGUCCCCUCCUCCCUAUUACUCUCCCACCUGCUCUCCCCGCCGCUCCAGAAUCGCCGCCACCUUGCUGCGCUCAUCAACAGCACGCGCAUCCCCUGUGCUCCCCCACCCAGAUCCCUCCCUCACGCAUUCCGUCUUCUCCCGAGGCUGGUGGUAGCUGCUAGCACGGACGAUGGCCCCUUGUGCAACUGCCGGCGCGCAGAUGCUGGCCGCACGCCCCUGCGUCUCGGCCUCUCAGAGUAUGCUCACCUCGAGGGCGGCCGUCUUGCGGAUCAACCUGGCGCUCGGCGCUGGUAGCUUCGCGAGCUGUCCCAGGAUCUCCUGCUCUAGGUCUCUUGGUUCUUGUGUCGCCGUAAGAGCGGUGUCAGGAGAAGGUAGCUCUUCUGGGCUGCCCAUCGAUCUUAGAGGGAAAAGAGCAUUUAUUGCUGGGGUUGCUGAUGAUAACGGCUAUGGCUGGGCAAUUGCAAAGGCUCUUGCCGCAGCUGGGGCUGAAAUUCUUGUUGGUACAUGGGUGCCUGCACUUAACAUAUUCGAGACAAGCCUGAGGCGUGGAAAGUUUGACGAAUCACGGAAGCUGCCUGAUGGAUCUCUUAUGGAGAUUGUUAAAGUCUAUCCACUGGAUGCUGUCUAUGAUUCCCCGGAGGAUGUUCCUGAAGAUGUCAAAACAAACAAAAGGUAUGCAGGAUCGUCAAAUUGGACUGUGAAGGAAGCUGCCGAAUUAGUUAAGAAGGAAUAUGGCAGCAUUGACAUUCUUGUGCAUUCUCUUGCUAAUGGUCCUGAGGUUACAAAACCUUUGCUGGAAACCUCAAGAAGUGGUUAUCUUGCUGCAAUUUCAGCAUCCAGUUAUUCCUUUGUUUCUUUACUUAAGCAUUUCCUUCCUAUUAUGAAUCCAGGUGGUGCUAGUAUCUCGCUAACAUAUAUUGCAUCUGAAAGGACAAUUCCUGGAUAUGGCGGUGGCAUGAGUUCAGCUAAAGCAGCUCUUGAGAGUGAUACAAAAGUACUUGCUUUUGAAGCUGGACGCAAAGGCAAAAUCCGAGUGAACACCAUAUCUGCAGGUCCUCUGGGAAGCAGAGCCGCCAAGGCAAUUGGAUUCAUUGAGAAGAUGAUCGAGUACUCUUAUGUCAACGCACCAUUGCAGAAGGAGCUUCUGGCAGAUGAAGUCGGGAAUACGGCAGCAUUUCUGGUGUCUCCUUUGGCUUCUGCCAUCACUGGCUCGACUGUUUACGUCGACAAUGGACUUAACACCAUGGGUCUUGCAGUUGACAGCCCCACGGUAUCUUCGUUGUUGUGAUUCUGG